AUGCCACCGGCAUAUGAGUUCAGGGGCAAUGACCGACGGUCAUCGUACCGACCUAAGCAAGAGUUCACCUUUCGUUAUUCGCGUCCUGGUACCUCUGAGCGCCCGUUAUUGAGAACCAGGCGAGAAGCAACACCAGAGCAACUGGUAGCCCAGGGAGCCUCGGAUAGCAAAAAGCCUGGCCUGAAAUUCGCUUCCUUGGAGAAUCUGAGCGACAGCGAAGAGGCGGAUAUGGAUGUUUCCUCUGAUGAUAACGCGGAUGCGACUCAUCCUCGUAAGAAGCGCGCGAUUGAAUCCAACACUACCACAGAUUCAGCUCCUGCACCGGCGCCCACUCCCAGGUGGUCUAACCCUGAUCCUUAUACCGCCCUGCCCCCGCCAGAUGAGAGUCAAUCAAAACGAGUGGAUGUGGUCAAGUUGAUUCGCAAGGCUCGAAUUGCCGCGACCGCGGCGCAGCCCGCCUCGACGGAUGCAGUGACUUCCAACGAGGACUUCAUCUCACUUGGUGGGCUUGGGGACGAUGAGGGAGAGGACCGAAAUCCUCCGGAACACGCGCCCACCGGUCCAAAACGUCAACUGGACGGUAGGGAUUCUGCACUGGGCAGUCGCAAGAGGACAUAUGACGACGAGAUGAAGGGCAUUUCGAAGAAGACUGGGAAGCCGUUGAGUCGGUUUCACAGUGAUGGUUCAAUUACCGAUGAAUGGAGAGUGCGCCCACUUCAAUCGGGUGCGCCGUGGCUACACCAUAUGGCGCCUACCUUGCAUUUGGGGACCAGGCUGCACAAUGAAAUCUUAAGCUUCUAUCACUGGGUGAAGCCGGUGUCCUACGAACAAAUCGUGCGCGAGGACUUGGUAUCGAGGCUACAGACUGCGUUUCAAAGCAGGUACUAUGGUGUGCAGCUACGCCCCUUCGGUUCCUUCGCGUCUGGUCUUUACCUUCCCACGGCGGAUAUAGAUCUAGUUUUACUUUCAACGAACUUCAUGCGCCAUGGGAUUAAGACUUUUGGCGAGCGAAAAGGUCAGAUUUACGCAUUUGCAGCAUUCUUGAAGAACCAGAACAUAGCUGUGCCUAACUCAAUUGAAACGAUCGCUCAUGCUCGGGUCCCCAUUCUCAAAUUUGUGGACAAAAUCACGGGGUUAAGAGUGGAUCUUUCCUUUGACAACGACAGUGGACUCGUUGCCAAUGAAACUUUCAAGCAAUGGAAGUCUGAAUACCCUGCCAUGCCCGUUCUUGUGUCCGUGAUCAAACAGUUUCUGCUUCUUCGAGGACUAAACGAAGUACCAACUGGUGGACUGGGCGGGUUUUCAAUCACUUGUCUUGUCACAAGCUUGUUGCAACAUAUGCCGUACGGCCACUCGGCGCCGAACCUAGGCAGCAUGCUUAUGGAUUUUUUCGAGUUUUACGGCAAACAUUUCGACUAUGAAAAUGUUGCCAUUCGCUUCAACCCACCCAGUUACUUCAAUAAGAAAGUCUACAGCUCCCGGGAUAAUAAUCCUCGUCUCUCAAUUGAAGAUCCCAACAAUGCUGAUAAUGAUGUGUCUGGCGGCACACGGGAGAUUGCAUUGAUAUUUGGAUCUUUUGCCGAAGCCUACAGGCGGCUCAAGGCACGUAUGAUCACGACGGCUAGGACGGAGGAUUCAAAAGCCAGCAUUCUAGAAACCAUUAUUGCGGCAAAUUACGACGAAUACACCGAGCAAAGGUGGCAACUGCGUCAGAUCUUUGAUAACGAUUCCCGCUUCGCUCAUCUCCAUCAGCUUCCCAUACCCCCUCCCCCACCUCAAGGCUCGCCUCCGGUCACUGUCGCCCCAUCACCACCCCCUCUGCCUCCCAAUUCCCCUCCGCCCGCCCGUGGCGCAAAGGAGAAAGAGAAGGUAACCAAGCUGCAAAAGAAGCAACAGGCGGCCCGGGACCGUGCCACACGCCUAAGACGACUACGCCCAGACAUUCCGUCUGUCCCUACCACCAUCACCAAUGAGCAAGCGCUAAGUCUGGGUGGAUAUAAGAACCAAUCUGACAUGGAUCGGGAUCUUAUCCAGCGGGAGAAAGAAUUGAACCCACCCAAUGAAGACUAA